AUGUCGAUCGGAGUAUCCUCAUUCACGGUCCAUCGCCCGUCUGAACCUUCAGACAUCAGACCGAGAAGCGAUGGAGAACACCUAGCCUGGCGUCCACCAACAUCCAGCAUACCUUCCAACAAUCCGUCAACCAACUACACAGCCUACAAUCCGAGUAUGCACAUCGCUCCUCCAAACGGCAACGCCAACCCACCAAACCACUCAACAGCAACAUCCUCAAAUCAACUCGACCCCUCCGUCAUCCUCCCCAAUGGCGAAAUGUCCCUCUCCGGCAUCUCAACACGCGCAUUCUUCAUCGGCGUCGUUCUCGGAAUCUCGUCCACAAUAACCAUCCUCUUACUCACAAUAUACCAGACCCGCUUAUGGCGAAUACCAUUCUUCAUAUCCUCGCUAUGUCUCUUCCAUUUCCUCGAAUACUGGGCCACGGCGCAAUACAACACCCAAUACGCAGACGUGUCUUCCUUCCUACUCACCUCCAACGGUCCCGCAUAUAACAUUGCGCAUGGUUCUGCGAUGCUGGAAUGUCUAAUAUCACACUACUUUUUCGCACCCUCGACAUCACCGAUCCUCAGCACCUUCUCAACCAUCUCCGUCAUCUUCGGGAUUAUAUGCAUGGUUACAGGCCAAAUUGUCCGAACACUAGCCAUGGCUACCGCGGGGACUAAUUUCAAUCACGUCGUUCAAGUCCGUCGUCAAGAAGGUCACGUAUUGGUCACGGGAGGUAUAUACAGGUUUCUGCGACAUCCGAGUUAUUUUGGAUUCUUUUGGUGGGGGUUGGGGAGUCAGUUGGUCUUGCAGAAUGUGGUUUGUUUUGUGGGUUAUGCGGUGGUGUUAUGGCAGUUUUUUAAUUCGAGGAUUUAUCGUGAAGAAAGAUUCCUUAUUGCCUUCUUCGGGGACGAAUAUAUUUCUUACAAGAGUAGGACUAUUAUUGGAAUUCCGUUUAUUGCAUAG